AGCUGGUGCCUCUUGAGAAGGAAAGAUCUUUUUGCGUCGCAACAUAAACAAUUUAAUAUAAAUUACUCUUGUCAUAUCUUGGAUGUAUAUGUAUCCUAUCAGAUGCAGUCUGACUUGCUGUUUGUUUCCAACAUUUUGUGUGAGCAUCGGGUCACAAGAUUGAUUUCUGAAAAUUGAGUAUGGCAAUCUGAAAGUCUUUGGAUCAAAGCUUCAAUUCUGACCUGUGAUGGCUCAAUGUCGAACAGACUGUAUUGAGAAACCUCUUUGUACAGCAUUUAGGAAACUAGGAUUUUGUGUUGGGCAAAACCCCUGGUGGUUCUUGCUUGUCCCUUUGUUUGUUUCUGGGGGAUUAGGAGCAGGAUUUUGUUUCUUCUUUCAAAAUGAAAGCAAUAACAUAGAAGAUCAGUUUACUCCCAUUAACGGACCAGCAAAAUCUGAGAGAGAGUUCAUUAAAGAACAUUUUCCAACCAAUGAUUCUCAAUCCUUCUCUAAACAAAGACUUUACACAGAAGGGACAUUUGCUUCAUUUAUUGCCAUUUCAAAAGAUGGUAAUAUUCUUACAAAAGCAGCAUUUGAAGAGAUUUUAUCACUUGACAGAAAAGUCAACGAUUUUCAAUUUUGUGAGAAUGGCACAACCUACAAUUAUUCUAAUCUUUGUGCAAAAGUCGGAGAAACUUGUGUCUCAAAUGCACUCUUAGAUUUGCUGAAUUAUGACCCUAAUCUGAUUGAGACGGAAAAGAUCUACUACCCAAAAACAAAUCAUACUUUUAUUGGCAGUGAACUGGGAGGGAUUGAGUUGGAUGAUAUUGGAGCUUUUCUUAAAAAGGCCAAAGCUAUUCGGCUGCGUUAUCCCUUAAGAGAAGAUGAUGAAAAAGACAAGAUACUUAGUUUACUUUGGAUCCAGAAGUUUCUUCAUGAAUUCACAAUGGUGCAAACACAUUUAACUCAUAUUCAGGUUUCCCAUUUUACCUCGGUCUCGAGGCAAGAAGAAUUUGAGAAAAAUUCCAAAAGAAUUAUUCCUCUGUUUUCCGUCACGUAUUUACUUUCAAUAUCCUUUUCCAUCUUGUCUUGUGUGAGGCUUGACACCGUGAGGAAUAAAUUCUGGGUUGCUGUUCUGGGAGUCGUAUCAGCUGGACUAGCUGUAUUAACUGCCUUUGGAUUGCUGCUUUAUUGUGGGACAACAUUUGCUAUCAAUACUGCCAGUGCACCCUUUUUGAUUCUAGGUAUUGGUGUGGAUGAUAUGUUCAUUAUGCUUUCUAGUUGGCAAAAGACAAAAGUUCAUGCUAAAGUUGAAGAUCGCUUGGCAGAUACGUACGCGGAAGCAGCUGUUUCCAUCACAAUCACCACUCUGACUGAUGUUUUGGCCUUUUAUAUUGGCAUUGCGACACCUUUUCGAUCCGUGCAAUCAUUUUGUAUUUACACUGGUACAUCUGUUCUGUUCUGCUUCAUUUACAACAUUACAUUUUUUGGAGCUGUUCUUGCACUGAAUGGACGAAGAGAAGCCAGUAACAGACAUUGGCUGACAUUCAGAAAGGUUGAAAUGGUUCCUAAACAAGGAGAAUCUACACUCAGUGCAAAGUGUUGUGUAGGUGGUGCUUAUGAUCAGGAAUCAGGCACAGAAUUGGAACAUCCAGUCUACUUCUUCUUUAAAGAAUAUUAUGGACCAUUCCUUACAAAUGGAUGGACCAAGGCAGCUGUGAUUCUUCUGUAUUUAGCAUACUUAUCGGGCAGUAUUUAUGGCUGUUUACAGAUCAAAGAAGGAAUAGAUCUCAGAAAUCUGGCCUUUGAUGAUUCGUAUGUAAUUCCAUUCUAUGAUGCCGAACGUGAUUUUUUCUCAGAGUAUGGUCCACGAGUUAUGGUGACUGUGACUGAAUCUGUAGAUUAUUGGAAUGCCACCAUUCUGGAUGAAAUAGAAACCUGUAUGGGCAAGCUAGAAAACAACUCGUACGUAGAUCAGGAAUUGUCAGAGUCCUGGCUUCGUGCAUAUAUUGACCUUUCUAAAAAAAUGUACAUAGAUAUAAAAGAGAAAAAUGCUUUUACUGGAAAUUUAACCAAAUUAUUUAAGUUUGUUCCUGCUUUUCAACAAGAUGUUGAGUUCUCACAAGAUAAUAUGAACAUUAGAGCUUCAAGAUUUUUCAUUCAAAUUGUAAAUGCCAGUGAUUCGCUAGAUCAGAAAAACAUGCUGAUUGAAUUAAGAAAUUUGGCACAGGAAUGUGGAAUCUCUUUACUUCUAUAUCAUUCUGCUUUCAUUUACUUUGAUCAAUUUCUUGUGAUAGUGGCUAACACAAUUCAGAACAUAAUCAUGGCAACAGUUGCUAUGUUGAUUAUUUCUUUACUAUUAAUACCUAAUCCAGUUUGCUCAUUAUGGGUGACAUUUGCGAUUGUAUCCGUUUUAGUGGGUGUGGCUGGUUUUAUGGCUUUCUGGGAUGUCAAUUUAGAUUCUAUAUCUAUGAUUGACCUGGUCAUUUGCAUUGGUUUUUCUGUGGACUUUACAGCUCAUAUUUCAUAUGCUUUUGUUUCAAGUGAUAAAACAAAUGCCAAUGGACGAGCUAUUGAUGUCCUAUACACUCUUGGCUAUCCUGUAAUCCAGGGGGCUUUCUCAACAAUAUUAGGUGUUGUUGUAUUGUCUGUUGCAGAAAGUUACAUAUUUAGAACCUUUUUUAAGAUCAUGUUUCUUGUAAUAUUUUUUGGUGCAGUUCAUGGCAUUGUAUUUAUGCCGGUGUUUCUGACCUUUUAUCAAAUUUGUGGCAACGAGAAUAAUGAUAUGUCAAAUGAUGUUAAAGAGUGUGAAAAGAGCAAAUAUCCUCACACCUAUCAGUAUGUACAUCAUGGUAAAGUAAAUGUAGAUACGUCGAGUGAAUUAACACAGAUAUCAUGACAGGAGCCUGUUCAGUGACAUUUACCUCAGUCUUAAAGAUAGAAUUGUUUUCACAAACUUGUGUAUUAUCACAACAUGUAUAAUUUGAGAUACAGGAAAAGAAAAUCAAGCCUUUGAAUACACAUGAAUGUCAAGAUUUAGCUAUUGUAAAGAUAAUUAUUUUUCAUGUUGCAAAUAUGCCAUUCUGCGAAACUCUGCAAGUUGUCAUUGGCUUCAAAUUGUAACUGUUUUUCUCUCCACUGACUAUGCCCAACCUUCUGUGUAUUUCUAGUGCAAUCUGUUUAAUACUUAAGGCAUUUGCAGUUUUGGGGGGAUUUUCACUGCAUCAUCAUUUGUCUUGCAUUGUUACCGUGUUGGAAUCAAG